AUGGAGUUGGCAGAACGGCCUUCUCAUGACUGUUCUCAACAUCGGCCUUCUGCAGCUUGGCGGUUGUCGGCACCGCCGCUGUCACCGUCCCGGAGUGGACCAGUAAAUAACAGCAAAGGUAUCAAUACAACCCCGUUGUAUGUCCCUCGAUCUGUGAGAAUGACGUCGUCGCCACACGCCCUCACGUGUGUCACGGAGAUGCAAACAGGCAGCAACGACGAAGUUUGUGCCCAGUGGGACGAGGCUGUGCAGGAGGUUAUUUCGGGUCUAGAGAUGCGGAUUGAGCGGGCCGAGAACUCUAUACCGUAG